UUUGAUUAGUUUUGCUCGUAAAACUUAUCGGUAAUUCUGUCUCUCUAGGCAAUCGAAGAAAACUCUUGUGUCCAAGCAUUACCUUGUCAACAAGGCAGCGAUUUCAUGCACCCACCUGAGUUGAAGUGUUCCAUUUGCCACAACGAAUUUGGUUUGGAAAAGAACCUUAAACGACAUGUUUUGGAAAAACAUACCAACCAACGUUUUGAGUGUCUGAACUGUGGAAAAACCUUUGGACGUAAGGACAAUCUCAAGCGUCACGAAAAAACAUGUAACGGUGGCACCUCCAAGCGAAAGUGUGAAAAUUCGACCUCUUCGGUCUCGAAAAAAGUGAAAACGGAUGAACAAACCAUUGCCUUCGAGGUAAUUUGACUUUUGAGUCGUGAUAGUGCCAUGUAAACAAGUGUGAACUUAUGGAAUGGAUUGGAACUGGAAACGGGAUCACGCGGAAUCAAUUUCUUUUUAUUCAUUUUUUCAGUUAGACAACAUUCCCGAAGAGAUGUUGCAACCCUACGAUGGAGAAUGGUUAAAUGGGGAAAAUCUUGAGGAUCCACAGGAAGGUGGCGGCCAACGAUCCAAUGGGGAGGGAGAAGAAGGCGACGUGCAGGAAGAGUGCGCUCUUGGCCAAAACGCCACUACUCACAGAUAUAAACCCAAUAAAAACCAAAAAAUGGAUCUUCUCCUAACCUUGGAAGGCAAAAAGAAACAAAUAAUUAAAAAAAUUAAACAACAACUUGAAAAACACCGUGGCGUCAAAUGGUUUCUUUGCUCAAAAGUGAGGAUGAUCAAGCCCACUCCUGAGGGAGAAGAUCAAACSUCCACACCCCACUUUAGGAGUGUGUGCCAGGUCACUACGGACCCACAUACACUAGAGCAACAAUACGAAGAAGCAGUUGAGAAAAUUAAAAAGUCCUUCCUUGAGUUUCAGAGAGAGGGUAGCRGCUGGCAGUUGGAAGAGGUAAGGUUUCCUUCUGCAUUGAGAUUAAAAAUUGGAAAACGUGCUCUUUUGCUGUGUAGGUACUCCACUUGGAAUUGAAUGGCGUGGCGUACACUCCACUUGAGGGAGCCAGCUAUCUUCCUCUACCCAAAAGAAUAAAAAACAAAAAAGCGGUGCUGAACAUCCAAAAUAAAGACCAGAAAUGCUUCCUCUGGUCGAUCUUGGCUGCCCUUCAUCCAAUUCACUGGAGAGACCAACCUCACCGUUUGAGUCAUUACCUUCCCUUUGAAAGGGAGCUCAAAAUGACGGGGAUAGAGUUCCCCGUGAAMAUCCAUCAAGUGUGUAAAGUAGAGAGACUAAACCCCGGUCUCAGCCUUAACGUCUUUGGCUUUGAAAACGACGAACUUUUUCCUCUCUUCAUCACCAAAGACAAAAAAGAAAACCACAUAAACCUGUUGCUCUUUUCUCAAGGAAGCCAAAGGCAUUAUUGCCUCAUUAGAGAUCUAGAUAGGCUGCUUCAUAGUAUGA